UUCUUAUUUAUAUUUGGUAAAGUAAUAAAGUGGAAAAUUUGUUCGAAAAAAAAAUUAUAUAAAAGACCUUCAAACCCAAUGCCGGCUAGAAAGGGGCUACUUGCACCCCAAAAUACAUUUUUGGAUACAAUUGCAACACGAUUCGAUGGGACACAUUCAAAUUUCGUUCUCGGAAAUGCACAAGCAAAUGGGAAUCCAAUUGUAUAUUGUUCGGAUGGCUUCGUUGAUUUGACAGGAUACUCUCGUGCCCAAAUUAUGCAAAAAGGAUGUUCUUGUCAUUUUCUUUAUGGGCCGGAAACAAAAGAUGAACACAAACAACAAAUUGAAAAAAGUCUAAUGAAUAAAACUGAAUUGAAAUUAGAAGUCAUAUUUUACAAAAAAGAUGGGUCUCCAUUUUGGUGUCUUUUUGAUAUUGUUCCAAUUAAGAACGAAAAACGGGAGGUUGUGUUGUUUCUGGCAUCACAUAAGGAUAUCACACAUACAAAAAUGCUGGAAAUGAAUUCUAAUGAGGAAUGUGAUAGCGUUUUUGCCCUUACAGCUGCUCUUUUGGGCGCACGUUUUCGUGCCGGCUCAAACGCUGGUAUGCUUGGUUUAGGAGGACUUCCAGGUUUAAGUGGCGAAAUUGGUGGAUCUACAAUGGAUGGCGACGAAGAGGGAAGUGAAUGUAACAAUUUAAAUGUACCAGCAGGCUGUAAUAUGGGUAGAAGGCGAAGCAGGGCGGUGCUUUACCAACUUUCUGGUCACUACAAACCAGAAAAAGGUGUAAAAACAAAGCUGAAACUUGGAAAUAUAUAA